AUGCCACCGCUGCCGCCACCGUCCAGCAUGUUCCGCGCCAUCCCCAGUCUUCGCACCGGGGCUCGGCAGGCGCUACCACGUCAUACCCAGCCAUGCCGUCUGGCCGCGCAGAGGCGGACGUUUGUCGCCUCCGCGCACCGCGCGGUGCAGCAGACGGGCAGGGCGCACGCCAUCGAAGCCGCGUCCCCUUCAUCCUCGGCCGCUGCCUCUUCCGGUGCCGUACCGCCGCGCGGCUCCCAGACCACUGCUUCUGGCGAGAGCACCAGCACCGGUCCCGCCACACCCGCGGUCAAGGCCGACGAGAGGUCUAGGUCCGUUCUCGUCACCUGGGCCAGUGGCGUGACGUCCAGGUACCACAACAUCUGGCUGCGCGACCACUGCCGCUGCUCCGAGUGCUACCACCCCAAGACCAAGCAGCGCCUGCUCAACACGUUCGAGAUCCCUGCCGACGUCCAGCCGCGGCAGGUCGAGAGCACGACCGAAGGCCUGCUGGUACACUGGCCGCCCCUCUCUUCCGCCCUCGUCUCAUCUUCGUCCCACCCUGCCUCGCCAUCGAGCUCAUCGGCCGCUUCCAUCGACGCAGCCACCGCCGCCUCGUCGUCGUCGUCGUCGUCGGCGGCGGGGGGCCCGCCCUCGACGCCGACGAGGGUGGGCGACCACGCCUCGCUGUACCCUUGGCGCUGGCUCAUGCACAACUCGUACUCGCCCGUGUUUUCCGACAGCGUCUCGGCGGCCCUCGACGAGGGCAGCGCCACGAGCAUCGAGAAGGUCCUGUGGGGCAAGGGCAUCGGAUCCUCGCCGCCCACGGUCAGGUACGACGAUGUCAUGGCCAGCGACGAGGGCGUGCUCAAGUGGCUCACCAAGGUGGCCCAGUACGGCUUCUGCUUUGUCCAGGGCGUUCCGCCGACGCCAGAGGACACCGAGGCUCUGGUGCGGCGCAUCGCCUUUAUCCGCGAGACGCACUACGGCGGCUUCUGGGACUUUACCUCGGACCUCUCGCACGGCGAUACCGCCUACACCGACCUGGCGCUGCAGGCCCACACCGACACGACCUACUUUACCGAUCCGGCCGGGCUGCAGCUCUUCCACCUGCUCAGCCACACCGCGUCCAAGUCGUUGUCGGCGGCGGCGGGCUCGUCAUCGUCGUCAUCGCCUUCUUCCUCCUCGUCAUCGUCAGCUUCGUCGUCGUCGGCGGGCGGCGGUAGCGCCUCGACGUCAGGACCAUCGGGAGGCGAGUCGCUGCUCGUCGACGGCUUCCUAGCCGCCGAAGUGCUGCGCGACGUGCACCCGGACGCCUACGACGUGCUGUCGCGCGUGCGGGUCCGCACGCACUCGGCGGGCGACGAGGGCAUCCUGAUCCGGCCGCUGUUCGAGUCCGGCUACCCGAUCCUCGAGCACGACGACCGCGGCGCGCUGGUGCGCGUGCGGUACAACAACGACGACCGCAGCGUGCUGCGCAUCGACGAGGCCGAUGUCGAGGCCUUUUAUGAUGCCCUGAGGAAGUGGGAUGCGAUUCUGCGCAACGACGAGGGCGAGUUUUGGCAGCAGCUCAAACCUGGUACUGCGCUCAUAUUCGACAACCACCGCGUACUACAUGGCCGCUCAGCUUUCGUGGGAAACAGAAGACUGUGCGGUGCCUACAUCAACCACGACGACUACCGCAGUCGUCUCGCCGUCCUCCACGCCCAGUACGCCGCUAAACGCUCCGUGCGCGGCGUGUGGGAUGAUGGACUCUAA